AUGUGCGGAACCGACUGCUUUUUGAUGCUCCUGUCGGUGCUCUUCCCACCCAUUGGAGUCUGGGUGAAGCGCGGCGUCUGCAGCGCAGACUCCCUCAUCAACAUCGCCCUCUGCUGCCUCGGUUUCCUCCCCGGCCUCCUCCACGCCUGGUACAUCAUCCUGCAAAACCCCGACCCCUACGACUACGAAGGCCUGCAAGACGGCGAGCGCGCCGGCGACGGCUCCGUAACAUACUACUACGUCGCGCGGGGAGGACAACAACAACAACAGCCGCAACCGCAACAGCUACCCCAGAGCUACGGCACCCUGGGAAGCCAACCCGCCGCCGGCCAGUUCCCAGGCCAGCAGCAGACCGGCACGACGAAUGCGUUCCCGGGCCCCACCAAGCAGAGCAGCGCGCAGCCUCAGCACGGCGUCGCUGGCGCAGAGCUCGGUGGAGAGGGAAGCAGUGGGCAGCCUGCUGGGCCGCCGCCUACUUACGCGGAUGUCAUCAAGGGGGACAACAAGAUUCAACAUCCAUAG